AGCUUCUGGGAGGUGAUCCUACCUCACGGGGUAGACUGACUGGGAACUCCAGUGUAGACUGGGGGUAACAGUGAGUACACAGUAGGUCACCCCUGGAGAACUUGACCUUAAUGAUGGGUUGAAAAACAACACCUGAAAAGCCUUGAGAUCAUGGAAGCCAAGAGGGUCCUCCAUUUUGUGCCAUCCGAGGCCCCUGCCACCGGGAGGUCGAAGAAUGGAUAUGUUUUCCAAGAGAUGGAACUGUCACCUGAGGAGCAGGAAGACUGCGCUGAGGAGAAAGACUCCCCAACUCAUAAGGACCACAACGUUGACAGUCAGAAUCAGACUGGACUCUCAGAUCCUGACAGCUCUGGGUUUGGGCUCCUGAACACAACAAGAAAAUAUGUGAAGCCCAUGAACUUCCAGGAGGAAGUACGUGCGCAUAGAGACCUGGACGACUUCCUGGCCCAGGCCAGCAUCCUAUUGGACGAGAAGGCAGCCACACUGGACGAGGUUCUGAGGCGCAUGCUGAGCCGUGUAACGGAGGAGGAGCACGUAAGCUGUGACAUGGAUGAGGUCAUGAGAUCUCUGUUCGCAGACGCCGGGGGGAACAAGGUCAAUGUCCACCUGUUGACAGAGACCAUACAGGGAGUAAGCGCUACUGCUACGGGUGUCCGAUACCAGCAGUCAUGGCUCUGUAUCCUCUCCAACGUGCGCAGCCUCCAGAGGCGUCAGGUGUGCAUCGCCCGUCUAGAACGCCCGCAGAACUGGGGGGUGAACUGCCGUGAAGCUCGCUACGUCAUCCUCAUCCUCGCUCCACCCAGAACGAAAAGCACUAAAACAGCCAUUGAGCUGGGCAGGACGUUCGCCACCAUGUUCUCAGACAUCUCCUUCAGACAGAAGCUUCUGCAAACCAAGACCCAGGAGGAGUUCAAACAGGAACUGGUGUACCAGAGGCAGCAACUUUCCAUCGCCUGUGAGAAACCAGCCACCGAGGAUGCAGACAUGGGCAGCAACAAACCUCUUCAGUGUCUAGACUUCUUUAAAGCUGGCAGGGGAAUCUAUGAGGAUCUCCGUCGAAGACUCCCCCUCUACCCCUCAGACUUCACAGACGGUAUUGUUGGGAAAGACUGCUCCCUGUUGAAGUACACCACCACCGCCAUCUUUCUGUACGUUGCCAUUCUACUUCCUGCCAUAGCCUUUGGUUCUCUGAAUGAUGAGAGCACAAGGGGAGAGAUAGAUGUCCAGAAGACCAUCGUUGGCCAGAGCAUUGGAGGAGUCAUCUACUCUCUGUUUGCUGGCGCUCCUCUAGUCAUCCCCCUGACCACUGCACCCCUGGCCAUCUUCAUUAGCGUGGUCAGAGGAAUCUGCGAUGAAUAUGAUCUGGACUUCCCAGCGUUCUACGCCUGCAUCGGCCUGUGGAACAGCCUCUUCCUCAUCCUGGGUGGUCUCUUCAACGUCAGCCUGCUGAUGAAGCUAUUCAAACGUUCCACAGAGGAAGUCAUUGCGCUGUUCAUAUCCAUAGCUUUCGUCGGGGAUGCCGUGAAAGGAACCGUCAAAAUCUUUAAGCACUUCUACCACGAUCCUACUCUGGCCACAGUCAACGGCACAGCAGUGCUUCAGCAGAUCCAGGAGCUGCUCGAGAAGGCUGCUCACGCUGGUAAUGGAACAGGGCCCUUGCUUGGUAAUGGAACGGGGCCCCUGGUAGAGCAUGUGUCUGUGUUCCUGCCCAAGACCCUGGUGCUGUGUACCAGAGAGAGGCCUGUUCUCUGUCUCCUGCUCAUGCUGGGGACCCUGUGGCUGGGGUACACCCUCUACCUCAUUAAAAGGAGCCCCUAUCUGAAUGGCAAAGUGAGAGAGGUGGUGUCGGACUGCGCCCUGCCCAUCUCUGUGCUAGUUUGCUCCUUCAUCGGCUCCUACCUGUUCCUCGACAUAGAACUUCCUGUGUUCAACGUCCACAACGGCCCCGUGUUCAACUUCGCCCCCUUCGACAAGCUGACAGGCUGGAACACGCUCAGCGCUGCAGGCCUGGGCUUCCUCCUGGCCCUGCUCAUCUUCAUCGACCAGAACAUCGUCAUCUCUCUCACCCACGUACCUGAACACAAGUUGCUGAAGGGAACAACGUUACACUGGGACCUGAUGUUGACAGGCUUCAUCAACAUCCUCAUGUCCUGCCUGGGGUUGCCAUGGAUGCAUGCCGCCUUCCCACACUCCUCUCUCCACGCCCGACAGCUCGCCAAGGUAGAGCAGCAUGUAGAGAACGGACACCUCUACGAAUCCAUUGUGAGCGUGAAGGAGACUCGCCUCACUUCUCUGAUCGCCAACAUCCUGAUUGGCCUGUCAGUGUUCAUGCUGCCCAUUCCCCUGCAGUGGAUCCCCAAACCAGUCCUCUACGGUCUGUUCCUCUACAUCGCUGCCACCUCCUUAGACGGCAACCAGAUGUGUGACCGUAUGGCCCUGCUCCUAAAGGAACAGACGUCCUACCCCCCUACCCACUACAUCCGCCGGGUGCCCCAGAGGAAGGUGCACUACUUCACCGGGUUGCAGAUGAUUCAGCUGAUUGUCCUGUGUGCCUUCGGGAUGUACCCGCUGCCCUACAUGAAGAUGGUCUUCCCAUUGCUCAUGAUCCUGCUCAUCCCCAUCAGAAACAACCUGCUGCCAAAGAUAAUCGAGGCAAAGUAUCUUGACAUCAUGGAUGCUCAGCACAUGUAGAGAAGGACAAACCUGCAAGGACAGAUACACGAGGGCAUUAACAACCAAAUCUGUUUAUUCUCUGAUGACGUGUUAAAAUGCACUAGAACUACAUUAGUACAAGAGGGGGUCAGGGUGGGCGCUGAGAUUUGUUGGAAGUGAGAAUCUCGGGAUGGACCACGUUAUUAUUCCUUAUGUCUGCUCUGUUGAUUUGAUUCUGUACAUUCACAAUAUAUAUGCAGGUGCUUGUAUUUAACAUUUAACAUAUUCACAUAUUAUUUUGUUCCCUGUCAUAUUUAAUACACACACAGAUAGUGACUGUUCUUUUCCUUCCUACAUCUGUGUCAAAUAUAAAUAUAAUUUUUACACUUGACUUUUUAGCUAGAGACAGCAACUCCAAAUUAUGGAAUUGUUUGGUUUAUAAUUUGUUUUAUUACUUUGGUCAAAUGUAUUCGCCAUGCAUUAGGUCUGGUUUAGCAUUUUUUUAAUGUGUCUGUUCUGCACUCAUUAGUCAUGUAAACUGUCCUGGCUGUUCCAUGUAUUAAAACAGCAACAGAAACAUUGCUUGAAUAAUCAAUGUUCUUUUGUUAAUGUCUAAGACUGUAAGAUAAAUACUAAACCCAAAGUAAACCUGAGUGUUAACUGCAUUACAGAAACAUGAUGUGAGUUUUGACCAUGGAUAAAACCCUUUGAUAUGGAAGG